AUGCAUCGAUUUUUUGUUGAACUGGAGCCAUCUAUAACCGUCAUGGAGCAAAAACUGACAUACCGAUUUCGGUACAUCAUGAGCUCAAAAACAUUUGAUGACGCUAAACUCAAACAGCUACAACGUGAGGCUCCCUUAUCAGCUGAAAAUGCUACGGCUGCGGAUGCGGCACCACAAUUUGCAAAGCAACCUCCACACGUGGUUGCUACCGUGAGUCUUCCUGUUAUGGUUGAUUAA